CAGUUUUAUCCAUAAAAUAAACAUAACACCCGCCAAAACUCGCCAUCAAGUCAACAACCUAUGCAUCACCUUCAUGCUUCAGAUCAAAAGCCUUCUCCCUUAUUACUGCGAUUUCUCUCCCUUUUCCGUCAUUGCUCAACCAAAUGAAGACAACCCAACAGUUGAAACGGCUCAGAAAACCCACCAAAACCAUCCAAACCACCCCAGAUGCCUCCAACUCCUCAAUCAUUAAGGUGAAACCAAAACCCAGACCCAGACCCAAACCUAAACCCAAAUCUCAAUCUCAAUCCCAUUUAAUCCCGACUAUUUCACAGUCAUUAUUGUUGGAGAAAUGGUCGAUUUUGACUCCCGAUUUCUACCAAAUUGAUGCUCUUGAUCUUGCCCGGCGUCUACUCGGCAAGUACAUAAGGAGAGAUGAGGUUGUUCUUCAGAUUACAGAGGUAGAAGCAUAUAGGCCAAAUGAUUCAGCUUGUCACGGUCGCUUCGGCAUUACAGCAAGAACAGCCCCAGUUUUUGGACCUGGAGGGCAUGCAUAUGUUUACCUUUGCUAUGGUCUUCAUACCAUGCUCAAUAUUGUGGCAGACAAGGAAGGAGUUGGAGCUGCCGUCUUAAUUCGUUCCUGUGCUCCUGUCAGUGGAUUGGAAACCAUUCAGCAGCGUCGGGGUCAAAUAACUGACAAACCGGUUCUUCUCACGGGGCCCGGGAAGGUUGGUCAAGCAUUAGGAAUUUCGACAGAAUGGUCUAAUCAUCCUCUUUUCACUUCUGGUGGUUUAGAACUCUUAGAUGGACCAGAACCAAUUGAGAUACUUGUUGGUCCACGUGUCGGCAUCGAAUAUGCCUCACCUGAGCAUGUCAAUGCAUUAUGGAGAUUCGCAAUUGCUGGUACCUCUUGGAUAAGUGCACCUAAAAACACUCUCAGACCUCCCUAAACUUCAAGUCUAGCCGAGAGUAAGCUAGAGCUCAAGGUUGGAAGGGAACAGGAAAAACACAUAAGGAGGGCCUGAAUAACAAAAUUGUGGAAUACUUCAAGGACAAAACAGUGCAUGGAGAGGAGAAAAAGGAUUUCUAGUGUCUCUCUUUCCCCUUAUUCCCUGGUUUCAUCAAGCAUCUUACUAAUUGCAUUGGUUUUGAGUAGUUAAGAAGAGUUUUGCUUCUUCUGAGUUUGAAUGUUGGGAAAGGAGGCAUUUCUGAUAAGUUGGAGAUUUGCACCUUGAAACAAAGCCAUUGUGACCUGUAGGUCACAGGUUCGAAUCGUGAAAAUGUUCUCUCUACUUGCUGGGGUAAGAUUCUGUGAAUAUAAAUCUUCUUAGAAUCUGCAAUGACCGAAGUUUCGUGUAUUGGGUACGCUUUUUUUUUCCAUGUGAAUAUUGGUUAUGCUGAACAAUAAUUACUUCAUUCAUUAAAAAGAGUAAUGGGG